AUGAGUUGUUGCUGUUGCAUAUCCAAAAGACGUUCGCAACAAAUGCCCGAGCCACUUGCAGAACCCAAUGUCUUUGACCUGACUUGGCGCAAUUACCUUCUUCCUUCACAAUUCUUUCCCAGCUGUUGUGGUUCCAGUCGACGUCAACCUAUUCGCCUCGAAGACGACGACGACGAGCUGUUCUUGGGACCUGAUUAUUACCGAGAUUAUCUCGACACACGCGACUGGGAGACUGACCCCUAUAACGAUUACAGCACCGAUACCCAUCGUCAGCAACAGCAGCAGCAUCCACCACCUCCAUUUCUAUUACCGCCCCAUCAACAACAGGCAUUUGCUGAUAUUGUCACACGUAAUCCAUUUGGAAAGUCGCACGUAUCAAAAAAGAAGAAAAAGAGCAAAAAGAAUAAGCAUGUUCGAGAUGUGGAUUUCCUUGCAGACCAAGAAGAGGAUGCAGAGUUCCUUGGUGAUGAACAAAUCGCUCAUUUGGCAUAUAAUCGUUACAGCAAAGGGGACAUGGAUCAAUAUGGUGAAGAAGCGUACCUGGAUGGUCACGGCGGGCCGAUUGUCCAAGAAAUGCAAACACCACCCCAACACAAGGAAUACUAUGCAGCACGAUCCAUGCCAACCGCCUACCUUGUACACACUGAAGAAGAUGACAAUGACUAUAUCGAUGAUUAUCAACAACAACAACGACCAAAGAACAAUGAGGCAUCAGCGUCAUCCUCAUCCAAUGAUCAAGUCGUGGUGGUUAAAGCAGCACAAAAUUUACUCAGCGAUCGAUUGGAAGAUCUCACUGACAAGCUCGUCUAUAUCAAAAAUAAUAUCAUGGACAUCAACAACUUGACACCUGAAGAGAUGAGACGGCUUGAGGAUGAUGAUGAAGUGGACAAGACAACGUUACGAACACUUAACAAGAAACAAGAUACAUCGUCACCCGUGGUGUCAUCAUCAUCCGACAAAGACAUGGAUUCUGUCGCUUCUGAAGCAUUGGAUGAGUACGAAUCCCAUCACAUUCACCGCAAUGAGGAUGAAGAACGACGGCGAUCAGGUGCUUCUCAAUUCAACUUUCCCUUUGCAGCAGGUGGCAGCGACUCUCCUCCAUUUGGUUCGGAUCACCAUCCAUUCUCUUACUUUACCAACAACCAUCACCGUGCAUCCUAUCAUGAUGAUGAUGAUGAUGAUAAUACCCCUGGUCUUUCCAUUCGUGGUGUCUUGAACUUUGGCAAGAACUGGCUUGGUGGUGGUGGUGGUGAUUCCCCAUAA